AUGUUCCUUAAAUCAUUCAAAUUAAAAAGCAAUACCCCACUUAAAGCUUCAGAGGCAAAAAAGUUGCGACUUCGAUUAUCAAGCGAAUAUCCUGAUACUGAUUGCGACAUUUUAAUACCGCCUAAAUCGAAUGUAACAGUAUUGAAAUUGGUAACUAGCGGCGAAAUUCAGACGACUGUUUACUGUGUAGACAAAUUACCAUUUUUCUUUGAAAAUGAAGAGAAAAAACUUGUUCCAACCUUAUAUGCAUUGUGGAAAAUACAUGAUUUAUUGCCAUAUUUCACAACCCACCCGGCCGUUUUGCCUAAAUUGAAGAAUGGAGCUGAUUUGAUGCUGCCGGGAGUAGUUACUCAUGGGAAAGGCGGCAUGUCUGUUUACGGUCAUUACAAAAAGGGUCAACUGGUUGCUGUGAAUUUAACAUCAAACAAGUAUGCUGUUGGUGUUGGGUAUCUGCCCCGUUCAAGUGAAGAUUUGUACAUGUGCGGAGGGCAUGGUGUUGCCGUAAAAAUUUUACAUUUGUUUGGCGAUAAAUUAUGGGGCAUCGAACCACAGCUGGCACAGCAAGUUCCGGAAUUUAAAACUACUCUAUCAGAGAACGACUUUCCCGAACUGGGGAAAAAGACAAACCCAAAGAAAAACGAGGAGGUAAAAAUCGAAAAUUUGGACAAUGAAAAACGUCUGGUUGUUCCUCUCGAUAAUCUUAAUAUUAAGGAUGAAUCUCUUCAAGAAACAUCAGAUAAUUUGCCACCUGAAAAUAAGGAGACUAUCGACGGUAACGAAAACAUAUUAGCAACCAAUAAUGAAGAAAAUACAAACGAUGUUAUUAGCCCUGAGCUAAUACUUAAGAACGCUUUUCUGUCAGCUCUGAAGAACCAUGGAAAAUCUUUGCAAUUACCAUUGUUGACAAGCAACUUCUAUCGACUUUAUGUCGUACCUGAAGCACAGCAGGCGAUAGAUCUCAAGAAAACGAAAUAUAAAAAACUGUCAAAUUUUCUCAAUGAAAUGAUUGACGAAGGUUUCAUUGUCGUAAAAGAGGAAACCAAAGGAGUUGAUAAAAUUACGUACAUUGAUUUGGAACACCCAGAGUUGGUAAAUUUUAUUACCGAUUAUAAGAAACCGACAGGAAAUGGCGAGGGAACAAUGGAGAAUGCGUUAUUUCACUCCGAAUUAAUGGAGUUAUACACAGUAACUGACAACACUGCGCCAUUCUUUACAAAAUUAAAUUAUAAACGAGGAGAAGGCAUACCGGCAUCCAAAAUUAAAAAAGUUAUUCGCGAAUACAUAAAUAUGCAAAAUUUGCCAUUAUCAAAAGACACCGGUGAUGAGUCAAAGACAUAUUUGUUGGAUGACUGUUUGCAAACGAUCUGUAAAUCAAAAAGCGCCACUUUAUCAAACAUAAUUGCACAUGUCACCUCGCAAAUGGAGCAUUCUUACAAAAUGUGUACGGCAACCACUGUGUCCAGCAACAAACCCAUGAUCCAAAUGUCUUUGGCUACAAGAUCGGGCAACAAGAAGGUGACGUUGGUUAGUAACAUUGAGGCUUAUGGCAUUAUAUUGCCAGAGUUUAUCAAAUUAUGCAAGCAGGGCGCUGCCGCUAGUACCACUAUUGUAUCAGUACCUAAUCAGAAGGCAGAAUUGCUUCAAAUACAAGGAAACCAGGUUAGGUUUAUAUAUAACUUGCUAACCGAAAAAUACAAAAUCCCUCCUAAAAAUAUAUUGGGUCUGGAAUUAGCCAAAGACGGAAAGAAACACAAAAAGAAGUAG